GUUGCCUGGUGAUGUGCCUGCAGCUUGUCAAACGCACGAUCCAGUUACUGUAGCUGCCUGCUGCAAUGAAAAUAUCUUCGUUGGUGGGUGGAUAUAUCGGCCCAGUUCCAUCAUUUUAUUCUAAACAGUGACUGAGUGAGUAGUUUAUUUUGUCAUUAUAAAGCUAAGAAUUUUAAGCUCGCAGUAUAAUCUCAGUAUCUUCUUCAAGCUCAUGAGAAAGGCAACGUUACCAAGCUUGAGGUAAAAGCGAGCCCCCCCAAAGAAGGCAUGUGUCGGAUAUUAUGGCUUACAGCCGGCACGUGGCCCUCGGGGGCCGACAGCUGGCUGCCUCAUCCCAUCCUGUAGCUGGACCCCCUGUGCCUGAGCUCCAUACAACGCGCACAACAUACCUUUUGACUUCAUGAAGAUCCCUGACAUCGGUGAUGUAAUGAAUAAAUUUGAAGUCCUUGGAAUUGUGGGUGAAGGUGCUUAUGGUGUUGUUUUGAAGUGCCGACACAAGGACACCAAUGAAAUUGUGGCCAUUAAGAAAUUCAAGGACAGUGAAGAAAAUGAGGAGGUUAAAGAAACGACACUGCGGGAGCUUAAGAUGCUCCGUACCCUCAAGCAGGAGAAUAUUGUUGAGUUAAAAGAGGCCUUCCGCAGAAGAGGAAAGCUCUAUCUUGUCUUUGAGUAUGUGGAGAAGAACAUGCUUGAGCUCCUUGAGGAGUUACCCAAUGGUGUGCCAACUGAGAAAGCACGCAGCUACAUCUACCAGUUAAUCAAAGCAAUUCACUGGUGCCACAAGCAUGACAUAGUUCACAGGGAUAUAAAACCAGAAAAUCUUCUCAUCAGCUCUGAUGACGUCCUCAAGUUGUGUGACUUUGGCUUUGCUCGUAAUCUCUCUGAGGGGACGGAUGCCAAUUACACUGAAUAUGUGGCCACUAGAUGGUACCGCUCUCCAGAGCUCCUGCUUGGGGCUCCUUACGGGAAGGCAGUGGACAUGUGGUCAGUGGGCUGCAUCUUAGGAGAGCUGAGUGAUGGGCAGCCUCUGUUCCCGGGAGAGAGUGAGAUUGACCAGCUCUUUACCAUCCAGAAGGUGUUGGGACCCCUGCCACCAGAACAAAUGAAGCUCUUCUAUAACAACCCCCGCUUCCAUGGACUGCGGUUUCCUGCUGUGAACCACCCCCAAACCUUGGAGCGAAGAUACUUAGGAAUCAUCGGUGGAGCCCUGCUGGACUUGCUAAAGAACCUGCUACUGCUGAACCCAACGGAACGCUUUCUCACGGAGCAGAGCCUGAACCACCACGCCUUUCAGACCCUGCGGCUGGUGGAGCGGCCCGGCCCACCCACACCUACACCUGUACGCUCCUCCAAGAGAAAACCUCACCAUGGAGACAACACCACCCCCAGCAGGAGCCAUGGGGGAAAGAGCUCAGGAAGCCACCGCUCCAGCAGCAGAGAGUGCUCUAGCCUUCCCCGGCACGAAGACCUUCACCCCAGCAACGAUGGCUUUCUCAACGGCAACAUGCCUGCAGCAAUCAACCUCAGUCCCACUCUGCAUCCUAAGAACUACCAGCCGCCGAUCUACAACCAUUCCACCUCAUGCAACAUGGACCUGGCCAGCAGCAACCUGCCACAUCUGCUCAGCCCUGGCGAAACCAAGAGCAAGGGUGACUUUGAGAUGAACCUGGGGUCCAAAGUGUCCGACGGCCCCGGAGCAAAGUACCUCAAAUCCAACUUCCGUUCACAGCAGAACCGUCAUUCUUUUGUGGAGGGGAAGACCAACACACUUCAAUCAGGGGAGAAACACGGUCGACACAGCUACAUGGAGUCCCAUAGCUCCACGCCCUCAUCCUCCAAGUUCGCCUACCUGAAUUUGUCCAAGAGCUAUGGCACACUUAGUGAUGCCAAGUCCGUGGGGAACUUAAAUGAGAUACAUCUUUAUGCAGAUGAGCCUACAUCUCGCUAUUUUCCCUCAAGCUGCCUCGACCUCACAGCCCCAAGCAGCCCGGCAGCCCGCCGGGUGGACAGGCUGGGGCCUGGCACAGCCGGCAGAGGAAGCAUGCGCUCUGAGAGAGAGAGCAACACCCUGGACUCGUCCUACAGGCGCUCCUCCACUCGCCACAAGGCUUCAGAGGAGACUAAAUCACCGGAUGCCCUAGACCCUGGGGAAGGUGGGGUCGAAAGGAGCCAUGCUCACUCUCUGUCAGCCCCGCAUGACCCUCUCUCUUACGGUCAGGGAUACACCAGCCCGUUUUCCUCCCAGCAGCGGCCACACCGCCACUCCAUGUACGUACGGAGGGACCACCAGAGGACACACGGGGCAGAUGAGGGGCUGGCAGUGGGACAGGGCGUGCCCACCAGAGCCAGCAGCCUCCAGCUCCUGUCUCCACAGCUGCAGCACCGCACGCUGCCUCGCCACUCUGGGGGCUCCUCCAGAGAGGAAGACAUGAGCAGGAGCGAACAGGCACCCACUGAGGUCACCCACAGCAGACCCCCAAUAAGGGACUCCACAAGGGACAACACCGCAUCUUUUCACACACAGCGGCAAAAAAGCGAGGUUGGUUUAUAUCAUGACCAGCAAACAGAAGAUGGAGGAUCUUCCAAAGAGAACCGCAACAUUUACAGUGAAUCCAUGCCUAGGAGGGUGGGCAGCUUCUACAGAGUUCCUUCUCCCCGGCCAGACAACUCCUUCCAUGAUAGCAGGGGUCAGAGCCGGGGCUCUGGCCUGUCCUCAGAUGGCUCAGGUUUGACGAACCACUCCAAACGUCAGUCAGCGUUUGACCCUUGGACUGGCCCAGAUACUGUUGUGUUGAACCCCUCAGAGCCAUCCAAAGAAAAAGAGAAGCAAGGUUUCUUCAGAGCAAUAAAGAAGAAAAAGAAAAAAUCUCAAAUGGUAACUUGCAUGUCAAGUACCUCUGAGGAUAUGCAAGUCCCUGAUGGAAGGCCUCCUGUCAUCAAGAAAUGUCUUUUCCCUCUGUUUAGCCCAAAGAAUAGCAUAAAGCAUAGUUCCUCUGUGAGAGUCCUCCCUGUAGUGUCCUCUUCCAUGGUUCCCAGUGAAGGGGUGGACACAGUUAUCCAGAAGUCCACCAGGUCCUCCGGUCACCAGAGCAGCCGCCACAGGUCCCGUGACAAGAGCAGAGACCGGGACCAAGAGCGAGACCGAGACAAGGACUGGCCACCCGAGAAACUGUCCGAUUCGCACUCUCCAAGUCAACCAUUGAAGUCUCUGCGUAAGCUCCUGCACCUUUCAUCCUCAUCCUCCAACCAAACUGCACAGUCUGAUAUGCGUUACCAGCCGCUGCCUAAUCCAGCCUCUGCUCAAGGUGGAUUCACAGAAAGCCGGGGUCACUCAGGGGUCAGCACGCCCCAGCUCAAGAGCCGACAGGCAGCCUAUCCGCUGCCCGGGCAGCUGGAGUCCGGCUGGCACACAUCUGCCCUGGGCCGCCCAGAGGGCAACCCCUACCCAGAGCAAAUGAGCAUCAAGGGAGGCCAGAAUGGGCAUGGCUUUGGACGCCCCACCCGGUCUCGUAUGCCAAAUCUCAACGACCUGAAAGAGACAGCUCUGUGAUAUCCAUCACCUCACAGGUUUCAGAUCGACUUCAGACUCCUCUGUUUCCCCACUGUUGCUCCUACGUGUCCCAUGCGUAACAAUACACCUGCUGAAUACACACACACAAAAAAUGCAGACAUCAAACCUUGAGUUUUAAACACUGCUUGCAAAUAGGCCAAAAGCCUUUAUGUCUUCAUUUUUUUAAAGCUUCCAAGUUUGAUAGACUUUAUAUUAUUACUGCUGUAAUUCUGAUUAUAAUUUGUAUUAUAAAGUAAAUAUAUUACAAAUUAAAUAUAUAUAAAUGGAUAGAUAAAGUGUAGAUUUUAAGUGUAAGUAUUUUUGUUUCUAUUUAAUAUAGAAAUAUAGUACAUUUUACUGCGUAGUAUUUCCUUAAGACUAUCUAAGGCAUUCUAAAUAAGUAAAGUUUAUCAGUUGUUACAGUAGAAACUGUUAAUGUCAGUAACUUGUAUUCAUCUCACCCAGGAUUGUAACUCUUUGUCCAAGCUGUCUUGCCUUUGGAUGUGCUCUGUCAUACUGGUUACAGAUGCUCAAAUGUGCAACUGAAAGUCAAAGCAGUCUUGUUCUUGAAAAUAUAGCUGUAGUGCAUUUUUUCUUAGUUGUCACAGACAAUCUAAAAGCUUAAAUAUACUUGUUCUUUUUUUAGGAUGUUUCAGUUUUUUAUGUGUUUUUGUAAUGCAGCCAUUUUGGACACUACGGUGCCAUAAACAGACAGAAACCUUAACCGACAUUGCCCUCUGUAGGAGAUAGUGAAGCACUGCAUCUACUGUUUUCUGACUGAAAUGCACUAACAUUUAGGCACUGACUUUCCAUGCACAAUGUGUGUAUAUCAUCAUUUUCAUGUAUAUUAUUAACAAAUGUUGUACAAUUAACACUAUGGUUACACCUCACUUAUUUUAAAGACAAUUCACAUAAAAACUGCUCCUUAUGCAGACUAUACCAAUGGCUCCUUUUGGUAGUGAUGUAAUCUAAAACUAUUUACUGAAAUGUUUAUUUAUGUAAACGUGUUAUGAAGCACUCUUAGCGAUAAACUAUACAGUAAUAAAACACUGAUAUUUUGGCCUGCUGCAAAGUUCAAGGAUCCAUUUAAUGAAAAGGAGUUGAAGUUGAUACAGAAGACUGCGAUUCUCUCUGAUAACUUCCCUCACUACCAGGGUUCAAGGAAGUCUGUCUGUUGCUCAUUUCUCACCAAAAGAUUUCAUUAAACAACUUUCAAAUGGUUCUAUUUUUAAUCAGUUAAGGAAUGUACAAAUACAUCCAAAAUAUACAACGUUUAACUGCUGUAAAAAUGUAUUUUAAAUAACAUGAAUUUCUUUUUUUUUUUUUUUUUUUUUUCGAAUCAUUAUUACAGGGUAAUUUUUACAGCAGCUAAAGGAACACUAAAGCCAUUCUGGAUGUAGAAGUACAGUGCUUCCCAACUUUCACUGUCAUGUCAGAAGAACUCAAGUACCCUUUUAUUAACAUCAUGUUUCAAAAGUGUUCAUUGGAAUUUGUCAGAAAAUAGAUACUAUUUAACACAACUGGUUAUAUGAAAAUGUAAGUUAAAGUAUUUUUCAUGCAGAUGAACUGUUGUCUUAGUUUGGUCAAGUUUACGUCUGUAUUGCUGUCACUUGAAGUAGUUGUGGCGGUUUCAGCCAUAUAUUCAGCAUCUUUAGCUAGCUGUUUCAACUGUUAAUCCAUGAAGUACACUUAACUAUUCAAACUGUUUAUUCAUAUAUUCAGUCACUGUUUUAACAUGUAUCCAUUGGUUGUAGUUGUUUCAUCCAUGCAUUCAUUUCUUUUAACUUUCAACCAUUUUACCAUUUCUCCAUUUUAUGCCAGCUGUUUAACUAAAUUCAGCCAUUUGGCCAUCACUUUAGCUAAAUAUUUCAACUUUUCUUCCAUUUCUUUUCAGCUUUUUCACCAUUUGUCCAUUACAUUUAUACUAACUAACUUUUUUGUCUGUUUGUAUAUUUGCUAGCAUUUGUUUAUUCAUUAGUUUGAGCAAUGUAUUCGAACUAUUUACACAUUACUUUUAGCAGGUUGUUUGAACGGUUGGUCCAUUACAUUUAACUAUUUCAUGCACUUAUCCAAUACUUUUAGGUAACUUCUUACACUUCGAAUUUUUUUUAUGUCGUCUCAAUUGAAUUUACGUGGCAAUCUCAAAUCAGUUAUAUCUCAACAGGUAUCACAUCUUUUUUAAACAAGUCAUAAUUUCUCUACAUUUUUUCAUUGUAACACUUCUUUCAAAUACCCCCUGGACUGCACUCCUGUUUGGGAAUCACUGUACUAGUGUAUUUGUAACUGAUUGCACGUGCCGAACCACUUGGGACAAGCUUUUGAGAAAUCUUAAUGGAACCACAGUGGGGGCAGAAGCCCUUUGCUGUAACAUUGUUGUCUGCCUGAGAUAAAGUGCCAUGAAAGUAGCUUGGCAAAAAUAAAUCCUAAGCUUUUUAGUGUUGCACUUUGAAGAGACUGUGUGGCUCAGCAAUAUUUCUCUGACUCUGUAAAUUCUUCCUCACUUCAUGUACAUUAUGUGCCCAGUGUGUGAAGACUGAAACACAGGGACCUGAGGGACCCACAGUAACACGCUGAGUCCAGACAUGACCGUGACGUAUUGUGCAUUGUGCAUCUGUAAGGACUGUGCACACUCUGUAUUUGACACAAUACAUUUCUCUCUUUGGAUUAUUGUUUAACUGUAGAAGCACUGUGUAUUAUAUUAAUACUGAUGUGUGACUACUUGUUUGGUAAUAUUUAUAACAGAAGAUGUUUAUCAACUGUUUAAAUGAAAUCAAGUAUUACGUUUGUGCUUUUAUUACAGACACAAAUUAGUAGCAUAGUCAGUGUUUAUCUGCUUUUUUUUUUCAACAGAGAACGUAAACCAACAAAUGAAUGCUUAAUAAUUUUAGAAUAUUCAUGUUUACAUAUGUAAUAGUAAAUCUCAAAUAAAACAAACUCAC